AUGCGCGGGAUUAGAUCGCUUCCCUGCUGGGCUCCAGGGUUGAGCACGAAGCGAAUUUCUUCCUCUCGACAAGGACUCUUUAUAGAGCUAUAUCCUAACGCCUAUACAAUUUCCUCAACGCCUAGCGCUCGCAAUGGUCUCGUCCGACCGUUUUCGGGUUGCACCGGGUCAAUAAUCAGCAGUUGCAAUCCGCGCCCGCGUCAAUCCGCCAUCACGACCUCGUUAUACGGCAAUAUUUAUAAUAAAGGCUUUUCCACCGUUCAGCCGCGAUAUGUGAGCACCGUCAGGCUGUUUUCUACCUCUCAGCGACCAUUGGAAGCAAAGCCGAACGUCGAGUCGACAGGCAGUCCGGGAGUGAAGUCAGAGAUUCUCCAAGAUCAGGAGCAUGAGGACAUCGAGAAAGGCUUUGAGCUAUCAGAGAAAGCCGCCCAGGCAGCACAGGUCAAUCUCAGGGCGAAGCUCGCCAAAGAUGGUACUGCUGGAAAGAAGGCUGGGUUCAGGGAAAUAUGGAGGCUCUUACGGAUCGCUCGACCGGAGGCGAAGAAGCUCGCCUUCGCCUUUCUCUUCUUGCUGGUAUCGUCUGGUAUUACAAUGUCCGUUCCAUUUUCAAUUGGAAAGAUCAUGGAUACAGCUACAAAAACAACUGCGGAAGGUGGUAAUGAGCUCUUCGGUCUGAGCCUCCCCAUGUUCUAUGGUGCGUUGGCUGGAAUUCUCACUCUGGGCGCUGCGGCGAACUAUGGUCGCAUUAUCAUUCUGCGUAUCGUCGGCGAGCGCAUCGUUGCCAGACUUCGCUCGAAACUCUUCCGCCAGACGUUUGUUCAAGAUGCAGAGUUCUUCGAUGCGAACCGGGUCGGUGACUUGAUUUCUCGUCUUAGCUCUGAUACCAUUAUUGUCGGCAAGAGUAUUACACAGAACUUGUCUGAUGGACUGCGCGCGGCGGUUAGCGGUGCAGCAGGGUUCGGUUUAAUGGCCUACGUCAGUCUCAAGCUCUCCAGUAUACUGGCUCUUCUGCUCCCUCCUAUCGGCCUUGGGGCGUUUUUCUACGGACGAGCGAUUCGGAACCUGAGUCGUCAGAUCCAGAGAAACCUUGGAACCUUGACGAAGAUCGCGGAGGAACGUCUGGGCAACGUCAAGACUAGCCAGUCCUUUGCUGGCGAGGUUCUCGAGGUUCACCGGUAUAACAAUCAAGUGCGAAAGAUUUUUGAACUUGGCAAAAAAGAAUCCUUGAUCAGUGCCACGUUCUUUAGCUCCACCGGAUUUGCUGGCAACAUGACCAUCCUGGCAUUGCUUUACGUAGGAGGAGGCAUGGUCCAAUCUGGUGGCAUCACCAUUGGAGAAUUAACUUCAUUUCUGAUGUACACGGCAUACGCAGGGUCUAGCAUGUUCGGUCUUUCGAGCUUCUACUCUGAACUGAUGAAAGGUGUCGGAGCAGCUAGUCGACUGUUCGAAUUGCAGGAUCGUCAGCCAACCAUUUCUCCAACCAAGGGUGAGAAGGUCGUGUCUGCGCGAGGACCCAUUCGCUUCGAAAACGUGACUUUUAGCUACCCGACUCGGCCUGCUGUACCCAUUUUUAAGGAUCUCAAUUUCGAGAUUCCCCAAGGGACCAAUGUUGCUAUCGUUGGGCCCUCGGGAGGUGGAAAAUCGACAAUCGCUUCUAUCUUGCUCCGUUUCUACUCUCCUACCGAAGGAAGAGUCCUGAUCGAUGGCAAAGAUAUCACCCAUAUGAACGCCAAAUCACUUCGACGAAAGAUUGGCGUCGUUGCCCAGGAGCCUGUCCUCUUUUCGGGGACCAUCGCGGAGAACAUUGCGUAUGGUAAGCCUCAGGCCAAACGGUCAGAGAUCGUUGCAGCAGCGCGCAAGGCGAAUUGUCAGUUUAUCAGUGACUUUCCGGAUGGCCUCGACACCCAAGUUGGACCCCGAGGCGCUCAGCUAUCUGGUGGCCAGAAGCAGCGCAUUGCAAUUGCCCGCGCUCUGAUUAAAGAUCCUGAUAUUCUGAUACUUGAUGAAGCAACUUCUGCUCUCGACGCAGAGUCGGAAACUCUUGUGAACAGCGCUCUUACCGCACUCCUUCGUGGUAAUAAUACUACCAUCAGCAUCGCUCAUCGACUCUCUACGAUUAAGAGAUCAGAUACGAUUAUUGUUCUUGGUCCCGACGGAAAGGUGGCCGAACAGGGCAGUUAUGAGGAGCUCAGUGCUCGCCCUGACGGCGCCUUCACCAAAUUGAUGGAAUGGCAGAUGAGCGGCGGUGAGGUGACAGACCAGCCCGUCAACGCUGCUGUCGACCCGAUGGCGCAGGAAACCACAUGGGACAUGCAGAGAGAAGAUGAGACGGAAUCGGCUGUGGAUAUCAACAUCUCCUCUGAGUCGCGGAAAAGUGAUUAG